AUGAAGGACAACAACUUGUUGAACAACCCCCUUGAUGUAUACAGAAAAGAGGCAACCAAUGGGAAGGAUGUGAAGGCGACAGAGAAAGGCCACAAGAAGGAGGACAGAAAAAAGGACGAAGAGCAGUUCCUCCAUGCUGACUCGCUAAGUGAAAUUUCAGUCUCGACCGUGAGCAACAGCACAGGCAUCGACUCAGAUUUAUAUAUGAGUGUUGUCCGGAAAAUUAAAAAAGAAAAACGGCAAAGGAGACGAGAACGGGAAAGGGAGAGGAGGAGGGCCCGGAAGAGAAAACGGGGAAGCCAGACAAGAAGUAGAACGGGGAGCAGCGGUAGAAGUGGAAAGGAGAACCAACGGGAGCAACAGCAGAUACUGGUGGAUCAAAAGGACGAGCAUGAAGUGGGAGAAUGCAAAGAGCGUGAGAAUAAUAGCAAGGAGAAUAUCAUAAGAAGGGACAAAAGGGAAGACAGAAAAGAAUCCAAGAGGGAAGGCAAAGGGGUGAGUGAGAGGGACCAUAAGAAGGAGCACAAAAAUGACGACCAAUCAGAGGACAGGAAGAGGAGGAAGAAGAAAGAGUCCACACAUGAGAAUAGGUCCAAUGAAGACAAAAGAACGAGGAGGAAAAGGGUUUCCAAGGAAAGCUACGAUAGCGACAGAAGGCACAGGAAGCAAAAGGAUGCAGCCAGGAAAAAGAAACACAAAAGGUCCAGAUCGAGGACAAAAAGCUCCUACGACGAACCCAUUCCCAAGGAUCCCUUCAAUCCCCUGCUCUUGGCGUACGAAAAGAAGAAAAAGCACAGACGCAAGAAAAUGAGCGAUGAAGGAUCAAUCACGAGCGAUAGGUGGAGGCACGACAGAUAUGAAAGCACAUCUGGUGAGGAAGCCGGUCCCGUUAGAGAAGCAAGACCAAAUAAGUCUGACCCCAAGGUGGACUUGCAACACGUGAGGAAAAAUUUGUGGAAGUCUAAGGCGGGGGGCGUCUGCAUUCCUCAAAUAAGCGAAGAUGCAAACUGA